AUGGCGUUGUGCUCACAUAAGGAACGCUUCUUCCCUUUCUCGCUUCCGACUCAUCUCCUCUCUAAGAUUUCCAUCCCAGAAAACCAAGUGAUUACCAUUAACUCUUCGUUACCUGUUGAAGAGGCUGCUUCAGACUAUGCUGCAAAGUUAAAAGAGGCCUUUCAAGGUGAGAAUAUGCCUGUCUUUGAUUUGCUGAUUUUGGGAGUAGGGCCAGAUGGUCAUACCUGCUCUCUGUUCCCAGACCAUCCACUUCUACAGGAGAAAGACAAGAUAGUUGCCCCUAUUAGUGAUUCUCCAAAGCCACCGCCUGAGCGGAUAACUCUAACUCUGCCUGUUCUGAAUGCUGCGCGGACUGUGGUUUUUGUUGCUACAGGGGACAGUAAAGCUGCCAUCUUAAAGCGAAUUUUGGAAGGUGAUGAGGCGAACCCUCUCCCCGCUGCUCUUGUCCAGCCUCAUACUGGGAAGCUGCACUGGUUUCUGGAUGAGUCUGCAGCCAAGGAGCUGACUGUUCCCUUCGAGAAGCACUCUAUCUUGUAGAACCAAAUGUUAGGCUGGGUUUCAGGAUCGGGAUCCAGUAGCACUGACUGCAAGACCUGCAAAGAGCUGGCUCUGUAACAUUCCAAGUCAAGGACUCCACAUCUGGUCGUAGUACUUGGGAGUGGCACUAAACUAAUGUUGUCUUUUUUGUUUCUCUUUUUAAGCAAGUGGUACUUUGUGGAGCACUGUAUAAUCUCUUUGGUUGGGGAGGGAAGAUAUAGGGUGCUUGUAUUUGAUCUCUAGCUGCAACUGGAAACGCUUGGGAUCGCGGAGGAGGAUAGUGUGGUGCAGUCUGUCUUGUGAACGGUUCAUGUGGUGUAAAGUGAAUGCACAAUAUUAAAGAUGUAAAUUUCA